AGCGCAGGGGCAGGAGGAGAGUGACGCCGUUAGAGCCGCCUCAGUGCGCCUGCGCCCUAGAAGCCCCGCCCUCCUUCCUUUUCUCUCUGGCGUGCGCUGGCGGCGGACCUUUGCUCCGGCUCCAUCUUGGGAAAGCGCGUGACGGGUGGAACCAUGCAGCUCUUCCUUCGUGCUCAGAAUCUGCACAGCCUUGAGGUGACAGGGCAAGAAACCGUAGCUCACCUGAAGGCCCACAUCGAGUCCUUGGAGGGCAUUGCGCCUGAGGAUCAGGUGGUUCUCCUGGGCGGAACUCCCCUGGAAGACGAUGUCGUCAUUGGACAGUGCGGUGUCAGUGACCUCACAACCCUGGAGGUUGCUGCCCGCAUGCUGGGUGGUAAGGUCCACGGCUCCCUGGCCCGGGCGGGCAAAGUAAGAGGCCAGACCCCGAAGGUGGCUAAGCAGGAGAAGAAGAAGAAGAAGACGGGCCGUGCCAAGAGGCGCAUGCAAUACAACCGUCGCUUUGUCAACAUUGUGCCCGGCUUCGGCAAGAAGAAGGGACCCAACGCUAACUCUUAAGUUGCACCCAGUUACCCAAUAAAUUAGAUUUGCCUGGA